AAGUGCUACAGCCCCCCCCCCCUCUAACGGUUCAACGGCUGCACAUGCGCACUGCACAGAUCAUCAACCACCUGCCUCUUGGCGCGGUAUGCCUAUGUCGUUGGACUUGGACACGGCUGCAACGGCCAUUAUUUCAAUUUUGGGAUUUAUCGUUCUGCUGCUGCUUGGAACAUUGAUAUGGCUCAAACUAAUGAGGAGUCCACACAGUGCACAAUCUCAGCAGUAGACGAUUUAUCAAGCAGACCAAACCCCUGCCUGGCCUUCAUUCCGCUGAAGUGGACACAUCUAGAGUAUCCUCCAAGAUUUAUCAAUCAGGACCCUUCAAAACCAGAUUAAACCUUCAAAUGCAGUGGACAUGUUGAGAAGUCAUGAUGGAAAAACAGCAACUUCUGAUGAGAGUGGUCAUCAAUAAAGACGAUAUCAGGAAACUGGUUUUAAAUGAGAGGCCAAAUUCUAUUGAGGAGUUAAAAGCACAUAUGAAGGAGAAACUCUCCCUGCAGUAUGAUUUUAUAUUGCAGUAUGAAGACAAAGACUUUGAUAAUGCUCUCUGUAAUUUGACACACAUCACUGAUUUGCCUGAAAAAGCGACACUAAAAAUCAUUCCCUUGAUGACUCUAGAGUUAUCAGCUGUGACAUCGCCUGGCACGUCAUCAGAUGCUGACUGCAGCUCAAUAGAUACGGAUAUACUGCCUCUCACUGAAACUCCAUUAAGAAGACAAUGGCCGGAGUUUUUUGAUAUUCCAAAUUUUUCGGUGGAUGUUGAAUACAGGUUGAGACAAGCUGAUCUUGCCUUUAUGAAAGAUGGAACACGUAUGUUGCUGUCACGUGAUAUGAAGCAUGAUAUUCUGGAAAAACUAGCAGAGGCCAUGUACAGUUUUAAAGCGUACCCUGAUGAUGAUGAUUACACCAGUGUGUCCCAAUCUCUUAUCAGCAAGCAUCCAAGCCUUACUGAGCCUGGUCCUCAGCCAGGAUACUAUGGCUGGAAAAACAGCCUUAAAUUUAAAAUGGGAAAUUAUCGUACGAAGCUCAGAAGGGCUGGAUGUGAGGAUGUCAUAGUUAAUGGGGGCAAAAGAAGCAAAAACAACCCAGAAGGUGAAUCAUCAAGAAAAAACAUCAAACGGCCGAAGAGGGGGGAAGCAAACUAUCUCCCCAAUUUACCCGACAGACAGAAUGAAGAAGGCCUUGAAAGUGCCAGACUCGUUCUCGUGGAAGAAAUGAAGAAAAAACAACACAAUGGCUUGCUCAUGGCAAACUUGAUGGACCAGACAUUCUCACUACGCCGGCAAGAGAUCGUGAAAAAGGAGCCUGCUGUACAGGACAUAGUGGAACGGUGGCCAGCCCUGUUUACAGAGGGAGAGGUCUUUGCAGGUCAAAAAAGGGAGCUGCUGGACUGA